AGGGGAAGGGGGAAUUCAAAAAGGAACGAUGUCUUGUUCCGUUGCGAUAUCGAGCUCUCCGGUGUUCUCGCCUUCUCGGAUCCCUCUUUCUUGCAAGAGCUCCCCUGAAACCCUAAGCCUAACCGUAGCGCAGCACCACCUCCAUGCGUCCGAGGGCUCGCCUUCUGCAUCGCCGAUGCCGUGCUCCACCUCGCCGUUCCGGUCCAGGUCCCAGAGAGGGGCGGCGGCGAUCAGGGCGUUUAGGGCCGUAGACUCGUCUUCCCCUUCUCCGCCACCGACUUCAUCGAGUUCGGGUUUGAAUUCGGUCAGGAUUGCUUCGCUGCUAAAGAGGAAGAGGCCGGCGCGGAUCCAUAUACCGCUCGCGGAAGCCUUGACAUUCGCCGCGCCGGUGGGGUCGGACGGCCAGAGGGAGGUGGAGGCGGAGAGCGAGCGGUUCUCUGUGUACUGCAAGAGGGGAAGGAAGAGGUUGGAGAUGGAGGAUCGGCACAAGGCCGAGCUCGAUUUCCAUGGAGAUCCCCAAUUGGCAUUCUUUGGAAUUUUUGAUGGCCAUGGUGGUAACAAAGCUGCUGAAUUUGCUUCGGAGAAGAUGGGUGAGCGUAUAGUAGAGGAAGUUGUGAUGAGAGGAGGAGAAAGCUGGGGCGAGAUAGAGGAAGCAGUCAAGAUUGCGUACCUGAAAACAGACGCCGAGUUUCUAAAACAGGAUGUGGGAGGAGGCACUUGCUGUGUCACUGCCUUGAUUAGAAAGGGUGACCUUUUCGUUUCCAAUUGUGGCGACUGUCGUGCUGUUUUGAGCCGAGCUGGUACGGCGGAGGCUCUCACAUCUGAUCACAGGCCUUCACGGGAAGACGAAAGGGAGCGAAUUGAGAACUUCGGAGGCUUUGUGGAUUACUGCCGAGGAACGUGGAGGUUGCAAGGCUGCCUAGCUGUAUCCAGGGGAAUUGGAGAUUCACAUCUUAAACAAUGGGUUAUACCAGAGCCAGAGACUAAAAUUUUUAAGAUAGAACCUGAUUGCGAAUUCUUAAUUCUGGCCUCUGAUGGGCUAUGGGAUAAGGUAGGCAAUCAGGAGGCAGUUGAUAUAGCUCGGCCCUUGUGCAUCGACACUGAAAACCCAUCGCUGCUCUCUGCUUGUAAAAGGCUUGCUGAUGUAUCUGCUGCUAGAGGUUCGGUGGAUGAUACCAGUGUUAUGAUAAUAAAGUUGCAGCAUUUUGUCUGAAGCUAUAGCAUUUUGAACCAUUCAUGGUUUCUUCCUUGGCCAUUUCUAUGAACCUACAUUCCAGUAGCGGAUAUAGAUCGGAAGCAAAAGAAGAUCAGAUUUUCUUCUAUUUCUUGUUCCGCAAGUACAUUUUUUUAAUGAACUUGCGGGGGGUUAUUCAUGGGGAUUUGGACAUCUUUUUGUACCGAGAUAGAUGUAAUGAGAGGGGGAGAGAGCAAGAGAGGAUAGGAAUAGUGAAAUAGAGGUGCAAGGGGAGAGGGGAAUACCGGGAGUUGGAAGGUGUAUUUGGAAUAACAUAAUAGGUAAAUUAUAGAAAUUCUUUUGA